CCAGUUCUCGAAUUUCAUUCAUUUUCAGAUACUUUCUUAAUUCAGUUUACUUUCACAAUGGAUCGUUGGCAAAACAAAGUGGCUGUUGUUACCGGUGCAAGUUCUGGUAUUGGUGCCGCAGUUGCUCAGGACUUGGUGAAGGCUGGUCUCAUCGUUGUUGCCCUGGCUCGCCGUGAAGAACGUCUACGAGAAAAUAAGGGAAAAUUGGAAGUUCCCUUGCGAGCUCGAUAUCACCCAAUCAAGUGUGAUGUCACCAAAGAUGCUGAAGUAAAAGCGGUUUUCUCCUGGGUGGAGAAUAAUCUCGGAGGAGUAGAUAUUUUAGUAAAUAACGCUGGAAUAGCCCGACUGGGUGUUCAACUCUCUGAUCCUGACAAUACACAAGUGAUAGAUGAUGUCGUAGAUACAAACAUAAAAGCGACUGCGUAUUGUGUACGGGAAGCUUUCAAUUCAAUGAAAACGCGCAACUUCGAUGGACAUAUCAUUAUUGUCAACAGCGUUCUCGGCCAUAAGAACCCGAUGCUGCCCCAAUCGUACUCUUUUAAUAUCUACCCAGCGUCUAAAUUUGCGGUGACCGCCAUGGUCGAAACCUAUCGUCAAGAGUUUGUAAAUGCAGGGACGAAAGUGAAGAUAACAAGUAUCAGUCCGGGAAUCGUAGAAACUGAAGCUAUACCGGAUGUCGAGGCACAGAAGAAAGCGGGAACGCCGUUCUUGGAAGUUGAGGAUAUAUCGAACGCUAUUUUGUAUGUUCUAGGAACACCACCACACGUCCAAGUUCAUGAAUUAAUCAUCAAACCGAUCGGGGAACGGCUCUGAACUGGAUGAAAUAGUUACGCUGCAAACUUUACUUGGGAUAAUACUGAAUUGCAAAUUGCAAACACAAACUGUAUAUCGAAACCUUACAAAUAUUCUGUAUUCUAAGUAAAUCUAUGAAAUAUAAGUAAAUCUUAUCACA